AUGGCGCGAAAGUGCGACUGGGACCAAGCACUUCAGGACGCAAUUCAGUCCAUCAGCAUUAAGCCAUCAUUGGCAGGCCAUAUCUCCGAGGGCAUUGCCUUCUGUGGAAAAAGGCAGACCAUUGCGUUGUUCAAUGCAAAUGAACAUCAAGAGGCAAUACUUCGCAUCCGAGAGUUAGCUGCGUGUCCCUAUGUCAAUCCUGUCGCUUGUCAUAUCGUGGAAGCCUACCUACGCGUCCAACUGGGAAACAUUGCCUUGGAGGGCGCACGCCACAGCGAAGCUGUUGAACACUUCACUGCUGCUGUCAACGCUAGCAAUUUCUUUUACAAAUUGCCGAUUCAUUUGAUAUACGAUGAAUUUGUCGUGCUUUUUGGUUGGGACCUCAAGUCCUUAUGGCAAACCGCGAACCAGCAACAGUGUUGUGCAUUCGUUCGAGCAGGUAGUUUUGUAACAGCCAUCGAAUUGUAUCAGUCUAUCAUGGACAAGGUUGAUGAAGAUAUGAAGGCCGACUUACGUGCUUGGUUCGCUGCAGCAGCAGCCGGAGCGCAUGUGAAGGACCUUCAAGAGUUGGUGAAGCAUAGACAGGGACAUACCAUAGAUGAUUCGAUACGGAACUGGCGUAUCACAAUAAACUCACGAGCGUGCAUCAUCUACCUUCAGGAGUCGCUGGAAAGGGAUGGACUCUACAAGAGCUACUCUCCCCACGGCAUGAAAUCCUCUAAACCGGACAGGACGCUGCUCAACGACAAAAACGGUGAUGAAUCGUGA